AUGAAGCACCUCGCAGCCUACCUCCUCCUCGCCCUUGCUGGCAACGAGUCCCCCUCUGCCUCUGACAUCAAGGAGGUCCUCUCCUCCGUCGGCAUUGACGCUGACUCCGAGCGCCUCGAGAAGGUUGUCUCUGAGCUCCAGGGCAAGAACCUCCAGGACUUGAUCUCUGAGGGUUCCUCCAAGCUCGCUUCCGUUCCCUCCGGCGGCGCUGCUGCCCCCGCUGCCGGUGCCGCCGCUGCCGGUGGUGCUGCUGAGGCCGCCCCCGAGGCCGCCAAGGAGGAGGAGAAGGAGGAGUCCGACGACGACAUGGGAUUCGGACUCUUCGACUAA